GCCCCUCUGGGCAGAGGCGGGAGGGGGUGGUGAGUGAGUGAGGAGCGGGUGAUGGGGGAGAGAAGAGCCCAGCGCUAGCCCUCGGGGCCGGAUGAGUGGAGCCCGGGUGUCCCGGCGGUGGCGGGGCAGGAGGAGGGGGCGAAGGAGGUGGUGGCUCUGAGGGGACAGAGGGCUUCGUUGGAGCCCUGAUCAUGGAGAUCGAGAACAUCGUGGCCAACACGGUGCUGCUGAAAGCCAGGGAAGGAGGGUGUGGCAAACGGGAUGGGCGCAGUAAGAAAUGGAAGGAGAUGCUAAAGUUACCACAUCUCAGUUAUUGUGAAGACCUUAGACAUUCAAUCGAAAAAAACUAUAACCAGCUCUGUGACAAGCAGCCAAUAGGGAGACUUCUCUUCAGACAGUUCUGUGACACUAGGCCAGAUCUGAAGACUUGCAUUGAAUUCCUGGAUGCAGUGGCCAAAUAUGAAGUGUCUUCAGAUGAAAAGCGUAAAGAUUGUGGUCUGAAAGUUUUAGACACAUACUUCGCUAACGGGUCUGCAGCCCACUUACCGGAAAUACCUCAGGAUACAGUGAAUGAAUGUAAAACAAGACUGGAGCAGAAUCCUUGCAAAGAUCUUUUUAAUGACUGCACUAGGGUUGUCCAGGAUUAUUUAAGUGGAGCACCUUUUGAGGCUUAUCAAAAAAGCAUCUAUUUCUCCCGUUUUUUACAGUGGAAAUGGUUGGAAAGGCAACCAGUAACCAAGAACACAUUUAGAUAUUACCGAGUACUAGGCAAAGGAGGAUUUGGAGAGGUAUGCGCUUGCCAAGUGCGGGCAACAGGAAAAAUGUAUGCUUGUAAAAAGCUAGAAAAAAAGAGAAUAAAGAAGAGAAAAGGAGAAUCGAUGGCAUUAAAUGAAAAAAGAAUUUUAGAAAAAGUGAACAGUAGAUUUGUAGUUAGUUUAUCCUACACCUAUGAGACUAAAGAUGCCCUAUGUUUAGUAUUAACCAUUAUGAAUGGAGGGGAUUUGAAGUUUCACAUUUACAACAUGGGAAAUCCUGGCUUUGAUGAAGAAAGGGCUGUUUUCUAUGCUGCAGAGCUCUGCUGCGGCUUGGAGGACUUACACAGAGAGAGAAUUGUUUACAGAGACUUGAAGCCUGAGAAUAUUCUCCUUGAUGAUUGUGGACACAUCAGGAUUUCAGAUCUUGGAUUAGCUGUGCAGAUCCCAGAAGGAGAAACAGUCCGAGGGCGAGUUGGAACAGUUGGAUAUAUGGCUCCAGAAAUCCUCAACAAUGAAAACUAUACAUUCAGCCCUGACUGGUGGGGUCUUGGUUGCCUAAUUUAUGAAAUGAUUCAGGGACAAUCACCAUUCAGGAAGUGUAAGGAAAAGGUCAAACUGAAUGAGAUAGACCGAAGAGUGAAGGAAGACCAGGAAGUGUACUCGGACAAAUUCUCAGAGGAGGCAAAAUCCAUCUGCAGGAUGUUACUUGCCAAAGAUCCAAAGGAACGAUUGGGGUGCACCGGAGAUGGAGCUGCUGCUGUAAAGCAGCAUCCCAUUUUCAAGAAUAUUAACUUCAAGAGACUGGAAGCAAACAUGUUAGAACCUCCAUUUUUACCAGAUCCACGUGCAGUGUAUUGUAAGGAUGUCUUGGAUAUAGAGCAAUUCUCCACAGUAAAAGGAGUGAACCUGGAUACUACAGAUGAUGACUUCUAUUCCAAAUUUGUUACAGGUUGCGUUUCAAUCCCUUGGCAAAAUGAGAUGAUUGAAACAGAAUGCUUUCAAGAGCUCAUGAAUGAAACUGAUGUUACUUUGUCACCAGACCUAGAUAUGAGUAAAAAUACUCCUAGACCAAAGAGAGGCUUCUUUCACAGACUCCUCAUGAAAGGGGUCUGUUUUAAAUCUGGUUAUAUUGAUGAUGAAGAGGAGUUCUCAAGACUCUAAAUCAGAGAAUUGUAGCCAAAAAA